AUGGCUCAGCGAGGAAUUCAGCCGGACUCGGCAAAGUUUUGCUGUUCCAUCUGUCUGGAUCUGCUGAAGGAUCCGGUGACUCUUCCCUGUGGACACAGCUACUGCAUGAGCUGUAUUAAAGACUGCUGGGAUGGAGAGGAGCACAAGGGAAUCUACAGCUGCCCGCAGUGCAGAAGAGCCUUCACACCGAGGCCUGUCCUGCACAAAAACACCAUAAUAGUAGAGUUACUGGAGGAAAUGAAGAAGACGGGACUCCAAGCUGCUCCUCCUGAUCUCUGCUAUGCUGGACCUGGAGAUGUGGCCUGUGAUGUCUGCUCUGGGAGGAAACUGAAAGCCCUCAAGUCCUGUCUGACGUGUCCGGCCUCUUACUGUGAGCAGCACCUCCAGCCUCACUACGAUGCAGCUCCAUUAAAGAAACACAAGCUGGUGGAAGCCACCGUGAAGCUUCAGGAGAACAUCUGCUCUCGUCACGAUGAGGUGAUGAAGAUCUUCUGCCACACUGAUCAGCAGUGUAUCUGUUAUCUCUGUGCCAUGGAUGAACAUAAAGGCCACGACACAGUCUCAGCUGCAGCAGAAAGGACCAAAAGGCAGGAAGAGCUCGGGCUGAGUCGGCAAAAAAUCCAGCAGAGAAUCCAGGACACAGAGAAAGACGUGAAGGUGCUUCAGCAGGAGGUGGAGGCCAUCAGUCGCUCUGCUGAUAAAGCAGUGGAGGACAGUGAGGAGAUCUUCACUGAGCUGAUCCGUCUGCUUGAGAAAAGAAGGUCUGAGGUGAAGCAGCAGAUCAGAUCCCAGCAGGAAGAGGAAGUGAGUCGGGCUGAAGAGCUUCAGGAGAAGCUGAAGCAGGAGAUCGCUGAGCUGAGGAGGAAAGACGCUGAGCUGGAGCAGCUCUCACACACACAGGAUCACAUCCAUUUUCUACAGAAUUACCCCUCGCUCUCAUGUCUCAGUGAAUCUACACACUCACCCAGCAUCAACAUCCGUCCUCUGAGCUACUUUGAGGAUGUGACUGCAGCUGUGUCAGAGCUGAGAGACAAACUACAGGAGCUUCUUAGUGAGGAAUGGUCCAAGAUCUCACUGACAGUGACUGGAGUGGAUGUUCUACUGCCACAACCAGAGCCCAAGACCAGAGCUGAGUUCUUACAAUAUUCAUGUCACAUCACACUGGAUCCAAACACAGCACACAGACUUCUGUCAUUAUCUGAGGGGAACAGAAAAGCAACACAAAUGGCAGAAAAACAGUCAUAUCCCAGUCACCCAGACAGAUUUACUGUAUGGUGUCAGGUCCUGAGCAGAGAGAGUCUGACUGGACGUUGUUACUGGGAGGUGAAGUGGAAGGGGGGAGUUUUUAUAGCAGUCUCAUAUCAGGAUAUCAGCAGAACAGGGCGCGGGUAUGAAUGUGGAUUUGGAUGCAAUGACAAAUCUUGGACAUUGGAAUUUUACAACAUGAACCGUCACUUCAGACACAACAAAAUCAAAACUAAAAUCCCGCUCCCUGAGUCCUCCAGAGUGGGAGUGUACCUGGAUCACAGAGCAGGUGUUCUGUCCUUCUACAGCGUCUCUGAAACCAUGACUCUCCUCCACAGAGUCCAGACCACGUUCACUCAGCCUCUCCAUGCUGGACUGUGGCUUUACGGUGACGGAACCACUGCAGAGUUUUGUGAGCUCAAGCUGGACUUUGAGUAUCCCUGCAGUACAGCUUGUAGUGCCAGUUGUGUGCAGAGCCUCCAUGCCCUGCUCAGUCUGUCUGACAUCAGCCUGCCCGGGACCGGCAGAGGGACAGAGCAGGGAAAACCUAUGGCUCAGCGAGGAAUUCAGCCGGACUCGGCAAAGUUUUGCUGUUCCAUCUGUCUGGAUCUGCUGAAGGAUCCGGUGACUCUUCCCUGUGGACACAGCUACUGCAUGAGCUGUAUUAAAGACUGCUGGGAUGGAGAGGAGCACAAGGAAAUCUACAGCUGCCCGCAGUGCAGAAGAGCCUUCACACCGAGGCCUGUCCUGCAGAAAAACACCAUAAUAGCAGAGUUACUGGAGGAAAUGAAGAAGAUGGGACUCCAAGCUGCUCCUCCUGAUCUCUGCUAUGCUGGACCUGGAGAUGUGGCCUGUGAUGUCUGCUCUGGGAGGAAACUGAAAGCCCUCAAGUCCUGUCUGACGUGUCCGGCCUCUUACUGUGAGCAGCACCUCCAGCCUCACUACGAUGCAGCUCCACUAAAGAAACACAAGCUGGUGGAAGCCACCGUGAAGCUUCAGGAGAACAUCUGCUCUCGUCACGAUGAGGUGAUGAAGAUCUUCUGCCGCACUGAUCAGCAGUGUAUCUGUUCUCUCUGUGCCAUGGAUGAACAUGAAGGCCACCGCAAAGUCUCAGCUGCAGCAGAAAGGAGCGAGAGGCAGGAAGAGCUCGGGCUGAGUCGGCAAAAAAUCCAGCAGAGAAUCCAGGACACAGAGAAAGACGUGAAGGUGCUCCAGCAGGAGGUGGAGGCCAUCAGUCGCUCUGCUGAUAAAGCAGUGGAGGACAGUGAGAAGAUCUUCACUGAGCUGAUCCAUCUGCUUGAGGAAAGAAGGUCUGAGGUGAAGCAGCAGAUCAGAUCGCAGCAGGAAGAGGAAGUGAGUCGGGCUGAAGAAGUUCAGGAGAAGCUGAAGCAGGAGAUCGCUGAGCUGAGGAGGAAAGACGCUGAGCUGGAGCAGCUCUCACACACACAGGAUCACAUCCACUUUCUACAGAAUUACCCCUCGCUCUCACGUCUCAGUGAAUCUACACACUCACCCAGCGCCAACAUCCGUCCUCUGAGCUACUUUGAGGAUGUGACUGCAGCUGUGUCCGAGCUGAGAGACAAACUACAGGAGCUUCUUAGUGAGGAAUGGUCCAAGAUCUCACUGACAGCGACUGGAGUGGAUGUUCUACUGCCACAACCAGAGCCCAAGACCAGAGCUGAGUUCUUACAAUAUUCAUGUCACAUCACACUGGAUCCAAACACAGCAAACACACAUCUGUCAUUAUCUGAGGGGAACAGAAAAGCAACACGAAUUGAAGAAAAACAGUCAUAUCCCAGUCACCCAGACAGAUUUACUGUAUGGUUUCAGGUCCUGAGCAGAGAGAGUCUGACUGGACGUUGUUACUGGGAGGUGAAGUGGAAGGGGGGAGUUAUUAUAGCAGUCUCAUAUCAGGAUAUCAGCAGAACAGGGAACUGGGAUGAAUGUGGAUUUGGAAACAAUGACAAAUCUUGGGCAUUGGAUUGUUCCAACAUGAACCGUUGCUUCAGACACAACAAAAUCAUAACUAAAAUCCGUCUCCCUGUGUCCUCCAGAGUGGGAGUGUACCUGGAUCACAGAGCAGGUAUUCUGUCCUUCUACAGCGUCUCUGAAACCAUGACUCUCCUCCACAGAGUCCAGACCACGUUCACUCAGCCUCUCCAUGCUGGACUGUGGCUUGGAAGAGGAGCCACAGCAGAGUUUUGUGAGCUCAAGUAGACAGGAGGGAUUAAAGCACUUCUGUCGUCUAUUUCUAUAACAUCUGUGUUGCUAAGCGCUUGUUUCUGUUCUUUUUUUUUUAAAUCAA